CAUGGGCGGCGCGGGGCUGCUCCUGCGGCCGGCGGCCUGGAUGCUGAACCAGAGGCGGGGCAUCGCCUCCUGGCUGGCUCGGUGGUUCCCCAAAUCCCCAGCUAAGUCUGUGGUGUCCCUGAAGACACCCAUCAAAGUGGAGCUGGUAGCUGGAAAAACCUACAGGUGGUGUGUGUGCGGCCGGAGCAAGAAGCAGCCCUUCUGUGAUGGGUCCCACUUCUUCCAACGCACUGGCUUAUCUCCACUCAAGUUCAAGGCCCAGGAGACCCGCACAGUGGCCCUCUGUACCUGCAAGGCCACCCAGAAGCCCCCAUAUUGCGACGGCACCCACAGGAGUGAGCGGGUACAAAAGGCAGAAGUGGGCUCCCCACUCUGAGGUAGCUGCUGCCUGGCCCCAGGGGCCUUAGCACCUCCUUUGUGGGGAGGGAAAUGGAAUGCUGAGCCCAAAAAGGGGUCCUCCAGGGACCCAGUACUGGCAGCUGGCUUGUCUAGGGCUUGUUCUCCAGAACCUGAGGUCUUGGACCUGGGCAUGUGCAAACAGAGCCUGGUUUAAGGCUGGCUGGUGUGAUGAUGGCAUUAAAGGCUUGUC